AUGGAGGUUUAUGUUGACAAUAUGCUGGAAAUUCAGAAUGAAGUUGAAUCCGAUGAAGUGCACCUUUGGAGUGACAAGAGGAAAUUUCUGGGCUAUCUAGUCAGCGAACGUGGAAUUGAGAUGAACCCCGAGAAAAUAGAGGCAAUACUGAAGCUGAAGUUGCCAACCAACAUUAAAGAGGUCCAGAAACUUACUGGUAAGCUUGCUUCUCUCAAUCGUUUUAUUUCAAAAUCCUCGGAUAGAAAUCUACCUUUCUUUAAAGUGUUGAGAAAGACCAAGAAUUUUGAGUGGACGGAUGAGUGUGAACAAGCGUUUCAAGACUUAAAAACAUACCUGCGCUCACCACCGCUACUAGCAAAUCCAAAGGGAAAUGAGGUGUUUUAUGUAUACCUGGCUGUUUCGGAGAAUGCAGUUAGUUUGGCGUUGGGAGCGGAGAAGGAGUAUGUGCAGAUCGAGAAGCUAGCACUUGCGCUUAUUGUAACAGCCCGUAAAUUGCGACCUUAUUUCCAAGGUCAUCGCAUAGUCGUCCUAACCAAUCAUCCGCUCCGUAAUGUACUGGCGCGACCAGAAGCCUCGGGUAGGCUUGUGAAGUGGGUAGUAGAGCUGGGGGAAUUUGAUAUUGAAUAUCAAGCACGUACGGCAUUGAAAGGACAAGUAUUAGCAGAUUUUAUGGUUGAGCUCAUUGGUGAGCCUGAGAUCGGGUCCAGGCUGGACAAGUGGAUGUUGCACGUGGAUGGAUCCUCUAAUGCGGGAAAUGGAGGAAUCGGGAUAUUGAUACAAGGUCCGGAAAAUGUAGAGAUCGAGGUCGCAGCACGACUAUCUUUCUCGGUCACCAAUAACGAGGCUGAAUAUGAAGCUCUUAUCAUGGGUUUGGAGUUGUCACUAGAAGCGGGUGCAAAAGAUCUAGAAGUCUUCACAGAUUCACAGCUUGUUGCUUUACAGAUAGAGGGGACUUAUGAGACCAAAGAAGAGCGCAUGAUAUUGUACCACACCAAAGCAAAAUCCAUAAUGUCCAAAUUUAACAAGUGCCAGGUGCAUCAAAUCCCACGACAUGAAAAUGACAGAGCCGAUUCAUUAUCGAAGUUUGGGGCUACUCUAUCAGGAAUUAGAGAUCGCAAGAUUACAGUGAUGGUCAAGGAAACGUCCGCGAUCGCCGAAGGUGUUGAUGUUAAUACGGCGAGCGAAAAACUAUCAUGGAAGGAUGAAAUUGUUCGAUACUUGAAAGAGGGAAUUUUAUCGGCUGAUUCCAUUGCUGCACGGAGAUUGAAAGCAAGAUCAGCUCGUUUCACAUUGGUUGAUGAACAGUUAUACAAGAGGACCAUAGAAGGACCCUUGUUGAAAUGUCUUGAUCCGGAGAAAGCUGAAUACGUGAUGAAGGAAAUUCACGAAGGAAGUUGUGGGAAUCACUCUGGGGGAAGGUCAUUAGCACAAAAAGUUAUCAGUCAAGGGUAUUUUUGGCCAACCCUGGUGAAAGACACAAAAGAAUUGGUCAAGAGAUGCGAGGCCUGUCAAAAGUUUGCAGCACAAAUUCAUGCACCAGCGACCCAAAUGGAACCAGUUAAGAUCACUUGUCCCUUCGAUCAAUGGGGGAUAGACAUCUUAGGACCUUUCCCCACCGCGCGAUCUCAGAAGAAAUUCAUUGUGGUGGCUGUGGAGUAUUUUUCUAAAUGGGUAGAAACAGAGGUGUAG